AUGACAGCAAAAUUUAAAGAAUUAACUAAACGAUAUGGCACAUCAGCCUUGGCUGUUUAUUUUAUUAUUUCAACAAUUGAUUUAGGCACUACAUUUAUAUUGAUUCAAUCAGGUGGAGCUGAAAGAGUUAAAAGAAUAGAAGAUUGGUGCAUUGAAAAUUUUGGUG